AUGGAGCACGACGUCGCGUACGUGAUGGGGUUUCGGUACAAGUGUGCGAAGUGCGCGGAGUUCAAUAAAGGCAAGCAGGAGGCGGAAAAGCGCAAGACGAGCUUCAACGCGUGGGAUGCUGGGUGCCUCCGGCGUCUCCCGGAGUACAUCUCCAAGGAGUUCCCUUUCCUUCUCACCAAGCGAUCGGGCAUUGAGAUUUGCAUGGUGGACCGGCUUGCAGAUGAUUUGGUGCAUGGGAAGGGCUUAUCCGCUGCUGCCAAGAACAUUCGUCAGGCGCACACGACCAAGUUCAUGGUGGACCAUCUGAAGUACACCUCUCUGGUCAACACCCGGCGGACCAGCUCGGGCAUCUUCCGCUCGGCCAACCUCGCCAAAACUCCGGAGAGGUUCGGCAGCUUUGAUGACUUCUUCAACACCCUUGGGCCCGUUCACGGACCGAUUGGACGGCUCACGGCUUCGCUGAGGCAACCCGAUGAUGCCGUCGGAUUCGUCUGCUCGCCGCGAAUGCCUGCCCCCAACCGUGGUGUCGGCGGCCUACUGACUGCUUCCGCCGCGGUCGCGGACGCCGCGAUGGCGGCGAUGGCGGCGGCGGCAAGGGAGGAGGGGGCAGGCAGCGGGCAUGGCGUGGUUGUAGGGGGCUCCGGGGCAGGAGGUGACCCGGUAGAGAGGUCGCCGAUCUUGGCUGGGCCUGGGGCGGGGGCGGCAGGGGCGGCAGGGGCGGCGGGGGCGGCGCGGGCGGCGUUGCCGCAGUUCAGGGUCUGCACCGAAUGCGGACACCACAAGGGUGCAUACCCUGCUGAACACCCUGGGAAUCGCCGUGGACAUAAGGCGAAAGGUUCAGCGCCCCAGCCCGACGUUGAACCGGCGAAAAAAUGUUUAGUGGACCAGAGCUUGCGGNAA